UCGCUUGACGGCUCCACGGCUCUAGUGUUUGGUACAGACGUCAAACGCCGACCGUCGUUCAUUUUCGGCUUCUUCAUCCUGUUGAAGUCACGUUGCUGGGUGCUCUUCAGCUAUUGAAAUUUUACCAUUCUAACACGUGUAUUACAAAUAAUUUUUAUUUUUAUAAUUGUUAGCCAUUUCACUUUUUUUUAUUCUUAAGCGGUCAUAAUACACUACAGACAAAAUGUGGAGCAUAGUAAUGGAACCCGGGAAAAAAUACAGCACGGUUGUCGAGAACACAUUCCAUCUUUCUAUGGCUACACUUGAUUUAGAAAGCGUUAAAAAAGCUGAUGAUGUACACACUGUCUAUGUUGAAACUGAUGAUAACCCACGUGUAAUCCUUUGUCACUUGUCUAAAGCAUCAAAACUGUUCCAAUGCAGAUUGGAUCAUAUUUUCCCACGAGGAACAGAUUUGAAGUUUGUUACAUCAGCUACUGCCAACAUACAUAUGACUGGUUAUUUAGAACUAAACGAAGACGAUGAAUUUGAUUCUGAGUUAGAAAGCGAAUCUGAAGAUGAAGGAACACAAAUUGAGAAAAAACCAGUUCAAGAUAAAGGCAAUAAGCGAAAAUUAGAAGAUAAUAUUCCAAAAAAAAAUAAAUCUAUUAAAUUGGACGAGAAUAAUCAGUCUGAUGAAGAUAGUGAUGAUGAUGGUGAAUCUGAUGAUGAAAUUAUGGACUUUGAAGAUGAUAGCGAUGAAGAUGGAGGAUUAAAAAUAAGCGAUUUGCUUGAUGAUGAUGAUGACGAAGAUGACGAUGAUGACGACGACGAUGAAGAAGAUGAUGAUGACGAUGAUGACGACGAAGAAGAUAGUGAUGCUGAAGAUGCACCAGUAUUGACUAAAAACAAAAAAGAACAACAAAAAACUCCUAAAAAACAAUUGAAUGGAAAUGAACAGAAGUCUCCUAAAAAAGAACAGAAAACCCCUAAAGGCUUAGAAAAAACACCAAAAGGUCAAAAGACUCCAAUGCCCAAGACACCUGACGCCAAUCAAUCUUUGAUAAAUGGUUCAACGGAAAGUAGUAAAAAAAAGAAAAACAAGGAACCUAAGACCCCACUUAGUGCAUUAAAGACUAAACCAGACACUCCAUUACCCAAAGAUAAGCAAAAUCAACAACAGAAGUUAAACGGUGGAGUUAUCAUUCAUGAUCUCAAAGUUGGUGAUGGUGCUACAGCAAAACCAGGAAAAAAUGUUAAAGUAUAUUAUAUUGGUCGUCUGAAAUCAACUGGUAAAGUGUUUGAUUCAAUGCAAAAAGGACCUGGCUUCACCUUUGGAUUACAACGUGGUGAGGUAAUUAAAGGUUGGGAUAUUGGUAUUGCUGGCAUGAAAGUUGGAGGCAAAAGAAAAGUUAUAUGUCCACCAAAUAUGGCAUAUGGUGCUAAAGGCAGUCCACCUGAAAUUCCACCCAAUAGUACUUUAGUUUUUGAUGUAGAACUAAAACAUGUUAAUUAAGUUUAUCCAAUAUGUUUUUUAUUCCGACUGAUAUUCCUAUGAAUUUUUUGUUAUUUACCAUUCAUUUUUCUACAAAGGCCACAAACAAUAUAUCAGUAUUCCGUUUUUGUUAAAUAAAACAAAAGUAAAAAUAACUACAGUAACUACAUUUGAAACAAUAUAAGUAUACAAUUGUUUAUUAUACUUCAUAAUACUUUAAAUUGCUAACAAUUUUUGUUAAUUGUAGAAAGAAUUUCUGUUCUAAACUAUAUAGCAAUAAUUUACCAAUUGUAUAAGAAUGACUUUUAAUAAAUAAUUAAUUCAUAAUUUUAGAA